AUGCUGCUCCAUCAGCAGACCAGUGGAGACCAGUGCACUGGCUACAACACACUGCAUGGGAGUCAUCUGACCCCAGGAGUGGUCUAUGUGGGCCACCUGCCGCUGAGCCUGUUUGAGCCUCAGCUCAAAUCUUACUUUGAACAGUUUGGGAAGGUGUCGAGGCUGCGGCUGUCCAGGAGCAAGAAGACAGGUGGAAGCAAAGGCUAUGCGUUUGUAGAGUACGACUGUGAUGAAGUAGCAAAAAUUGUUGCAGAGACCAUGAACAACUACCUCAUGGGAGAGAGACUCAUCCAAUGUCAUGUGCUUCCACCAGAGAAAGUGCACGAGAAGCUGUUUGUUGGCUCUCAAAGGAUAUUUAAAAAGCCCUCCAAAUCUGCUGUGAAACGCUACAACCAGAACCGCACGGCUGAGCAGGUCGAGAAGAUGAAAGACAAACUCCUGCGCAAAGAAACAAAGCUCCGCAAGAGGCUCGCAGCACACGGCAUCGAGUAUGACUUCCCAGGAUUCGCCUCCCAGGUGCCUCAGAAGAAAAAGUCCUCCGACUCCAUGAACGCAUCUACGUGUAGUGACACCACACCACUCUGCACCCCCUCACUCCUGGAGAGGAGGAAGUCCAUGGUCAUCGAUGACGAUGUGGAUGACGAGAUCGUCAUUAAGAUUCCAGCUGCAGACAAAGAUGAAGAGAGCUCCUCAGAGGACGAGGAGGAGGAGAAGGAGGAAGAUAAAGAUGGUGAUGAAGAAAAUGACUCAGAGAGUGAGGAACCCUCUGAAGAGUUCGCAGAGGAGAAGUGAAAGUCCCCCCUGUUUUAUUGUGGACUUGAGCAGUGAGCUGAGAUGGCGCACAUCGAAGAUCAUUUUCUUUGAGAGUGACGGGGCACUUUGAACUGUGUUCACAAAUCGCAGUGUCUUUCUGUAUGUGGAAAUCACAUUACAGUUUAGAAAGAAUCUCUUAUGAAAGAGUCCACUGUAAUUGUGAGUAGAUUGUGAGCAUCAUUUAAGCUGUUCACAAAAUCAUCAUGAGCCCACUUUAUGGGAAACGGCUGUAAAUGGACUGGUUGUAUAAAGGCUGUUUUCUGUGUCAAUCUUAGAGCUAGACUGUUUGAACUUUGUUUUGCUUUAUAAACACGUGUACACAAAUUCUAUGGUCUUUAAUAAUAAAUAAUGUUAAAGAAUAGGUAUCUUAAGUGCUGGAUAUGUCUGUUUAUGUGAUUGAAGAGGAAAUGCUCGAACACACUGGCAGCAAAAUGGAGCGUUUUUGAAUAGCACAGGUCUAAUUAGUAAAAUGAGUGAUGGCUGAAUUCCAUUUGGCUGCUUCUGUUCUUGGGUCCUGCUGGCUCUCUGUUACACUGUCACGGCUGAUAGGGACAAAUGAAUAGAAUAGGACAUUUUAAUUAAUAUUCUUGGUGACGUCUGUGCUUUAGCUGGUGUGACAGGUUAAACUGCCUGCUUU